AUGAGUGCCAGGUGGGGCCACGGCUGCCAGUUGGCACAUCCUUACCGGACGAUGAUCCUGAGGGCCAUGGAGACGGUCGUGAGCAGUCACAUCAGUGACCUGGACAAGGACCUGGCCAGGGCUGUCAUCUUCCUGGCCUCCAGCGAGAUGACCAGGGUGAAGGUGGAGGGGGCAGAAGCGCGCACGCCUGGUCUUCCCCCUGCUAACAACGCCGGGGCGGCCAGCUCACUUCAUACCAGCUUCGUUUCCCUCGGGGCCUUCGGCUUCUCCAGGCAGGGGUCACCGGCCAACCUCUACCUCCUGCCGGCACCCCGGGUCUCCCCCGGCCACGCCCGACAGGGCCGCGCCACUCAGACAGCCGUGGGCAAGGAAGUGGGAGGCUGUGUCCUGGCUGCUGGUGGGAAAAGGCGGUUUGAAGGGGCCGAGACUCUCUUCCCUGGAGACCCGAGGGCCUCUGACCACGGGGGCAAGUGCAUCCCUAUCUGUGUGCCCGUGGAGUCGUCCAGCCCUCUGGUGGUGAGCAACCGAAAGGAGGUGUUACGCUGCUUCACUGUGCUGGCGUGCUGUUCGCCUGACCGCCUGCUGGCCUUCCUGCUGCCCAAGCUCGAUGCCAACAACGAGAGGACCCGCGUGGGCACCCUGCAGGUCGUGAGGCAUGUCAUCAACUCAGCUGCUUCUCAGAUGGAAGUGAAGAAGCCCUUUAUUCUCUCCUCCAUGAGGCUUCCUCUUCUGGACACCAACAGCAAGGUGAAGCGGGCAGUGGUGCAGGUGAUCAGUGCCAUGGCACACCACGGCUACCUGGAACAGCCUGGAGGAGAGGCCAUGGUCGCGUACAUCGUGCAGCAGUGCGCGCUGCCCCCCGAGGCCGAGCCUCAGAAGCCGGGUCCCGACAGCGAGGACCCCGCCACGGACAGUGUGCGGGACGUCAGCAUCAGCACCCUCUACCUGGUCAGCACCACCGUGGACAGGAUGAGCCACGACCGAAGUGAGAAUGAUGUGGAAAAGGUGAAGUCAACUCUGAUCCUGUGUUACGGCCACGUGGCAGCACGGGCCCCCCGCGAGCUGGUGCUGGCCAAGGUCGAGUCGGACAUCCUCCGGAACAUAGUCCAGUACUUCAGCACCAAGGUUCUGGGAAUAAAGGUAGAGACCAAGGACCCGGCUCUGAAGCUGUGUCUCAUCCAGAGUGUGUGCAUGGCCAGCCAGGCCAUCUGCAGCAGUGCCCAAGCUGGCUCUUUCCACUUCUCGAGGAAAGCCGAGCUGGUGGCACAGAUGAUGGAGUUCAUCAAGGCAGAGCCCCCAGACUCCCUGAGAACGCCCAUUCGGAAGAAGGCCAUGCUUGCCUGCACUUACCUGGUCUCCCUGGAGCCAGCGCUGGAAGAGCGAGUGCAGGCGGACUUGAUCCGCGGCUGUCUACACAGCGUCAUGGCUGUGCUGCCUGAGCCCGAGGGGGAGGAGGACCGCCAGGAGUCCCUGUACCUGGACACCAUGCACGCCCUUGAGGAUUUGCUGACAAGCCUCCUUCGGCGGAACAUGACCCCGCAGGGCCUGCAGAUCAUGGUGGAGCACCUGAGCCCGUGGAUCAGGUCCCCACGGGGCCACGAGAGGGUGCGGGCGCUGGGCCUGAGCGCCUGCCUGCUGCAGCACUUCCUGGAGCACCUGCACGUCAGCGCCCUGGUGCCCUUCCACAACCUGGGCCUCCUCAUUGGCCUCUUCUCCCCACGGUGCGCGGACUUGUGGCCUGCCACCCGCCAGGAGGCUGUGAGCUGCGUCCACGCCCUGCUGUACCUCCAGCUGGGCUAUGAGGGCUUCUCCCGUGACUACCGGGACGAUGUGGCCGAGCAGCUCCUCGCCCUCAAAGAAGGCCUCGUGCACCCCGACCCCACCGUCCUCUUCCACACCUGCCACAGCAUAGCCCAGAUUAUUGCCAAGCGCCUCCCGCCAGAGCAACUCAUCAGCCUCCUGCUGACCUUGUUUGAGAGUCUGGGAGACCCGGACAAGAACUGUUCGAGGGCGGCUACCAUCAUGGUCAACUGCCUGCUGAGGGAGCGAGGGAGCAUGCUCCAGGAGAAGGUGCCCGAGAUCGUGAGCGUUCUGCGCUCGAAGCUGCAGGAGACCCGAGAGGAGCACGUCCUGCAGGCCGCACAGCACAGCGUGUACCUCCUGGCGUCCCAGCACUGCGCGGCCGUGGUGUCCAGCCUCCUGGGCGGCCCCCUGCCCUUUGACAGGUACCCUGCGCCUGCCGGCCUUUGGGGUGGACGGGGUCCCGGCCGCCUGGGCCGCAAGCCGAGGUCAGCCCAGACUCGGCACUCGAGGGUCCCGUCUGCCCCGCGUGGCGCCCCGGCACCCCUGGCUCCUUCCCGCGCCACGUGUGCCCUGCACGAGGUCCUGAGCGCCCUGGAGUCUGGGCCCGCGGUGCUCGAGCUGUACCCACAGCUGUUUGCCGCGCUCCUGCUGCGGGUCAGCUGCACCCUGGGCGUCCUGCUGCCCCGGAGCCUGCAGGCCAAGGAGAGGAGGAGCGUGGGCUCGGCUGUGGCCCCGAGGAGCCUCGAGCCCUGCAGCUGCGCGGUGGAUGCUCUGCAGGCUAUGCUGCUCCGGGGGGGUAAUGAGGACGUGGUGCGGCGUGUGGAGCUGGAGGGGGGCUGGCAGCUGCUCAGGACCUCAGCAGGACACGAGGAGGGGGUCACCCGGCUGGCCAGCGCCAUGGCCAAGUGUGCAGGCCCCCGGCUGCCCCUGGUGAUGAAGGCGCUCGUGUGCACACAGAGCAGUGUGUAUGAGAUCCAGAGGGUCACCUCCACGGCGUUCCUGGCCGAGCUGCUCAAGAGCAACGUGGUGAACGACCUGAUGCUUCUGGAGUCGCUGCUGGACAACCUGGCGGCGCGGCAGAAGGACACGAGUGCCAGCGUGCGGCGGCUGGUGCUGCGAGGCCUGGCCAACAUCGCCUCCAGCUCCCCGGAGAAGGUGCAGGCCCACGGCCCCCAGCUCCUGACAGCCAUGAUCGGCGGGCUGGACGACAGGGACGACCCUCACAGCCUGGUGGCCCUGGAGGCCAUGGUGGGCCUGGCAAGGCUCCUGGAGCUGGUGAAGCGCCAGGACCUGCGCUCCGUGCUGCUGCACGUUGCCAUCCGGAUCCGGCCCUUCUUCGACAGCGACAUCCGGAACACGGUGGGCAAUGUGCCCCUGGAGUGGUACGAGGACUUCCCCCACGUGGGCUAUGACCUGGACGGCAGGCGCAUCUACAAGCCCCUGCGUACCCGUGACGAGCUGGACCAGUUCCUGGACAAAAUGGACAACCCUGAUUACUGGUGGCUCCCCAGGCGCACGGUGCAGGACCGGACGACGGGUCACGAUGUGCGGCUGACGGACGAGCAGGUGGCUCUGGUGCGGCGGCUGCAGAGCGGCCAGUUUGGGGACGUGAACUUCGACCCGUAUGAGCCUGCCGUGGACUUCUUCAGCGGGGACCUGAUGGUCCACCCAGUGACCAACCGUCCCGCUGACAAGCGCAGCUUCAUCCCGUCCCUGGUGGAGAAGGAGAAGGUGUCUCGCAUGGUGCACGCCAUCAAGAUGGGCUGGAUCCAGCCUCGCCGGCCCCAGGACCCCACGCCCAGCUUCUAUGACCUGUGGGCGCAGGAAGACCCCGACGCCGUGCUGGGCCGGCACAAGAUGCACGUGCCCGCUCCGAAGCUGGCCCUACCCGGCCACGCGGAGUCCUACAACCCGCCUCCAGAGUACCUGCUCAGCGAAGACGAGCGUCUGGCGUGGGAGCAGCAGGAGCCGGGCGAGAGGAGGCUCAACUUCCUGCCACACAGGUUCCCGAGCCUGCGGGCCGUACCCGCGUACGGCCGCUUCAUCCAGGAACGGUUCGAGCGCUGCCUUGACCUCUACCUGUGCCCACGGCAGCGCAAGAUGAGGGAAGGGGACAUCACCCCCCUAAUCCGUUGGCCCUGCCACGGCCCCUGGCGCCGGCCUAAGGCUUAUCGGGCACCUGCUGCCUCUCCUCCGGCCCUGGCCCACGCCCCUGGGGCUGCCCACUCAGACCUCUGUGUGGCUGUGGGGUCUGCAGACAGGCUGGGGGAGAGGGGCACGUUGCGGGAGCGCUGGCCGGCUGUGAUUUACAGCUGCUGCUGCUGCGCUCGGUGGCACCGGAAAAGCAGGAGGCACCAGCUCCCAGGGAAGGCGUCCACCUUCCAGGGGCUGGGCCGUCCCUCCCAGGCCUGA